GAAUCUGAUUCUGAGGAUGAAGAUGAGCAGCACCGAACUGAAACAUAUUCUCAAUACGUUCCUAGCAAGUUCAAAAGUGGCAAAAGACAUCCCGAUCCGGUCGUCGAAACCAGUUCUCUUUCAAGUGUACUUCCUCCAGACAUUACUUACAAUUUAAAUUUACCUAAAUCCGUUAUUGCGAAUGGAAUGUUAUCAUCACUACAAUUAGAAGCCGUUGUGUACGCAUGCCAACAACAUAAUACAUGGUUAGCUGAUGGAAGAAGGGCUGGAUUUCUCAUCGGCGAUGGCGCAGGUGUUGGUAAAGGUCGGACUCUUGCAGCUAUCAUUUAUGAAAAUUACAUCGAAGGAAGGAAACGUGCAUUAUGGUACUAUUCUGUAUCGAAUGAUCUAAAAUAUGAUUCUGCAAGAGAUCUAAAGGAUAUUGGAGCUGAAAGGAUAAAAAUUUAUUCCUUAAACAAGUUUAAAUAUGGAAAGAUCUCAUCAAAGGAAAACGGUUGCGUUAGAAAGGGUGUUAUUUUUGCCACUUAUUCUUCGUUAAUCAGUGAAAGCCAAGGGAAGGCUAAGUACCGUACCCGGCUAUCGCAGAUAAUUCGUUGGCUCGGCGAAAGCUUUGACGGCGUGAUAAUUUUCGAUGAGUGCCAUAAAGCAAAAAAUCUCUAUCGCUCUGCUUCAUCAAAGCCAACAAAAACUGGAAAAACUGUUUUGGCCUUGCAAAAUAAACUGCCAAAAGCCAGAAUUGUAUAUGCUAGUGCAACUGGCGCUUCCGAACCGCGCAACAUGGCUUAUAUGAAUCGUUUAGGAAUAUGGGGGAAAGGAACGCCUUUUCAAGAAUUUGAAAAUUUUAUUCACGCUAUCGAUAAAGGAGGAGUUAGUGCCAUGGAACUUGUUGCUAUGGACAUGAAGAUGAGUGGCGUCUAUAUGGCAAGACAAUUAAGCUUUACAGGAGUUACCUUCAAUAUUCAAGAGAUUCCUCUAUCUCAUGAUUUUAAAGAAAUGUACAACAAAUCAGUUAAACUAUGGGUGGAGGCUCGUCAAAAAUUUAGCCAGGCUGCUACAAUAAUGGGGGCAGAUAGUAAAUUGCAUAAAAACAUGUGGGGUCAAUUUUGGUCUGCUCAUCAGAGGUUCUUCAAAUAUUUAUGCAUAGCUGCCAAAGUUAAGGUCGCUGUAGACAUAGCAAAAGAUGCCGUUGCGAAUGGGAAGUGCGUCAUAAUCGGAUUGCAGUCAACAGGUGAAGCCCAAAUGAUGGAGCAGCUAGGGGAAUCAAACGGAGAGAUUGAUGACUUUAUCUCUACCGCUAAGGGGGUAUUUACGGCUUUGAUAGAGAAGCAUUUUCCGGCUCCUAACAUGCAGCGACUUGCCAAAUUGAUGGGUUUCGAUUACUCUAACAAUAAAGGCAAUAAUAAAAGCGACAGUUACGAUCGGAAACGUAAACGAGAGGAAAAUGGUUCAGAUAGCGAUACAGAGAAAAGAGCUUGCAAGGAUGAAGAGAAUCAUAGCAGCAAUAGUGAUGAUAGUGAUAGUGAUAACGAUAGUGAAAUAAUUAAAUCAGACUCUAAUUCAGAGUCUGAAGAAGACAUCAAUAAACUUUUCAACAGCAGUGAUUCUAGCGACAAUGGCGUUUCUCGUAAAUCAAAGGCAAAAGAUGCUUCCCGUGACAAGAAAUCGAAGGCGAGUAAAAAAGUGCGUCAAGAUGCUGGACUUACUUUGAAUGAUAUUCUUCGUGCAUCUGGAAUUGACUCAUCUACUCGAUCAUGGCAAAAGGAAGACUCUUCAAAAGCAGAUCGAGCUCGUGCUGUUGGGAAUGUUAGGCCGCCUUCUCACAAUGCAAGCAGGAGUGUAUCUACGCCGGGUGAAUCAGCUAACCAAUUAAAAGAGCAGCUACUAAGUAGUUUUGAAGAACUUGCUCCAAAGUUGCCACCGAAUACAUUGGAUGAACUGAUUGAUUCAUUGGGCGGGCCUAAAAAUGUUGCUGAGAUGACUGGUAGAAAAGGUAGAGUUGUAUGUAAUGCCGAUGGGACUAUUAGCUAUCAAUCGCGUUGUGAAUCAGAUAUACCAUUAGAAGUCCUAAAUCUAAUAGAAAAGAAAAGAUUUAUGGACGGUGAAAAAUUAAUCGCCGUUAUUUCUGAAGCAGCUAGUUCAGGUAUAUCUCUUCAUGCGGAUAAACGAGUAGCAAAUCGGCGUCGUCGCGUCCACAUAACAUUAGAGCUACCAUGGAGUGCUGAUAGGGCUAUUCAACAAUUUGGUCGAUCUCAUCGUUCAAAUCAAGUUAGUGCUCCCGAUUACCUUUACUUAAUAUCUGAGCUGGCUGGAGAACAAAGAUUUGCAUCUAUAAUUGCAAGGAGAUUAGAAAGUUUAGGAGCUUUAACACAUGGUGAUAGACGGGCUACUGAAACUCGUGAUUUUAGUAAAUAUAACUUUGAUAAUCGAUACGGUCGUACGGCUCUCGAAGCCGUCUUUAAUAGCGUAACUGGACAACAAAAAGCAAUAGUACCAGCACCAGAGAAUUAUGAGGGAGAUUUUUUCAAUGACAUUUCGGAAGCGAUGGCAGACGUUGGAUUAUUAAACAAGCAAAAUCGAUGGCCAUAUUAUGUAUACGAGAAAGACUAUAAUAGUAUACCCAAAUUCUUAAAUAGAAUUUUAGGUAUUCCUGUAGUGUUGCAAAAUAAGCUGUUUGCAUAUUUUAGUGAUACAUUGAAUAAAAUAAUUCAGGAAUCAAAAAAAACUGGAAGAUGGGAAAGCGGUAUACUAGAUUUCGGCACUGAUGAUAUGACUGUUGAAAAAGUGCAGAGCAUUCAAUUUGAUGUUUCUUCGCGUCAUUCAGGAGCAAUGGUUAAAUUGCACACGUUGAAAUUAACGCGAGGCUUAUCUUGGGAGAAAGUAGUCGAGAUCGCAGAUGGAACAAGUGAAGAAAAGGAUGGUUUUUAUCUGUCUGUGCAGACAAGAAAUUAUAAAAGAGUGGCUGUGUUCAUUAAACAAGUUAUCACCAAUUCGGGGGCGGAAGAUAAUUUCCAGAUAUAUCGACCAAAUACUGGAAUACAGAAAAAAUUUGAAAGAUUUACGGAUAUUUUAAAAAAGUAUCGUAAGUCUUCGAAAACUGCCGCAAAGUCUGUAUGGAUUGAUCAAUACGAAGCCUCACUAACCUUAUGUAGUCACGCUUUCUGGAAAGGUAACUGUAAAAAAGUAGCUGCUGGUUUAGCAUGUGAAGUUGGCUUAAGAUGUCGGACUUAUCACGUUUUUAGUGGAUCUGUAUUUAGUGUUUGGAAUUGUAUCGAGAGUGUCUUACUUGGUCAAUCACAGCAAAGUAAAGUUCAAAUCGUGCGUCUCACAACGAAAGAAGACGAAAAAAUUGUUGGUGAGUAUCAAACUUGA